AUGAAUUUUAACACUAAUGGAAUAAACUACUCAUAAAAAACUUAUAGCAACGAUAAUUCUAGAGAACCUAGUGCUGUAUUUGGAUAAACAGAUUCUUAAAGGCCAAGCUCAAAAAGAAGUAAAAUUAGUAUGACUAGCUCAAACUAAAGAAAAAGUAAUAGUUUUCAGUUUAAUAGAGCAGAAAAAGAUGAAUAUGAAGAUGAAAUAAAGGAUAAAUACUAAGAUUCCUUUAUAAAUGAUAGAAGAAGUGACAGUGUGAAUCAUCAACAAAGCUUAAAUAAUUUUUUAAAUAGUAAAUAGAACUCUGAAAUAGUACAAGAUUCCCAGAAUCAAAAAAAACACUAAACCACAUAAAAUUAACAAUCUCAUUUUGGAACAAAAAGUGCAAAUUAAAUUAGUAAUCACUUUAGAGAUGUUAAUGGUUAUUCUUAAAUAUCAAGGAAUUAAUCUUAGUUUAUAUAGAAUCCAGGUAAUAAUAAUCAUAAUAACUAUUAUAAUAACUCUAAAUUAAAGCAGAGGCCAUAAACUUAAAAACCUAUUUAAGAUUUGGCUACACUUGAAGAAGAUAAGGAGCUCCAUGCUUCCUUUUUAUCUGAUGAAAACGGUCGAAUUAUAUAAGAAAUUAAUGACACAAAUAAAUUCUUUUAUAAAAGCGGCCUCAAGGGGGUUAUAUACUUAGUAAGUGAAUGCUCCAACUCAGCCAUAGGCAUGCUCCCUUACCUUUUCAGCUAAUUUGGUAUUGUUCUUUCAAUAGUCCUUAUUCUUACACUGAUAACUAUUAGCAAUUUUUCUUUUCAUUAUCUCCUAAAAGCUAAAAAUUUAAGUCGUAGAAGCAACUAUCACAGUAUUGCUCAAUACCUUUCAGGCAUAAGUGGCUAUAGAUUUAUUUUCAUAAUUUAAUUUUUUACUAAAUUUGCAAAUUGCACUAUGCUAAUGUAUUUUGCUUCAAAAUAACUCCAAUAAUUUAUUCUAAACGUGAAGGGCAAAUAAAACUUAAGCGACUCAUAGCUUAAUUUUGUAGAAAGUUACUAAUUCUAUUUAAUAGUAAUGCUAAUAAUACUGUUCGUUUUAAGCUUAUUGAUAAUAGAUAGCCAUUAGACAACUUUCACACAAUUAGUAAAUAUGACUUUUCUCUGUAGUAUGAUAAUAUUAAGCCUAAUUUCAUUUAUAUCGACUAUAUAAACUGAAGAAAUGAAGGGAGACUAUUUAUUCGCACCUGAUGACUUUAAGUUUGGUUAUGCUUUCAGCUCAUUAUCUAUUUUGUUAUUUUUGUUAGAUGUCCACAUUAAUUUCUUCAAUUUGUAUAAAUAUUUACGUAAACCUAGCGACAGAAAAAUGUUAAGAACAUCUCUUUAUGCUAAUAUGGUUCUAGGAUUAUGCUUUAUAUUUAUAGGUUCUUUUGGCUACAUUUCGACAACUGGCCUUGAGAGGAAUGCUAAUUAUUUGAUUUAAUUUAGUUAACUUGACUUACAUAUUACAUUUUCAUCUUUUGCCCUUAUGAUAUAUGUUUUAUAUUGUGUAGUUAACUUUCCUUUGCAAUUUUCUAUAGUUAGGUCUCAUAUUCUUAAAGUUUUUAAGACUCUUAAGGUUGAGGAAAAAUAAUCUACUUUGGACUAUCCAAACGAUUAAGAUAGAGAACCUAAUGAUCAGCCUUAGUUUUUUAAAUCCUCUACAUAGGAUGUAAUUUAUGGAAAUCCAAGCAAUCCGUAUAUUAUUCCAGCUCCAGUUUACGGAUAUAAUAACGAAACACUCAAAGAUUCUAAUCUCCAAUAAAGCCAUAUUUAUAUGAGACAAAUUAGAUUUUAUGCUUCAUCAGUAGUGCUGUAAUUGGCUAUGUUUGGUAUUAACUUUUUCCUUACAGGUCCUUUAUUGAUAGCUCUAUUAUCAGGAGUAUUUUUUUCAUCUGUUAAUGCCUUCAUAAUACCUACUAUCUUUUAUAUUAAACUAAGUAACUAUGAGUCAACAUUAAAUGUAAUAAUUUCUGUCUUAUUACUCUUUACUAUUUUAGGUUUGGAUUUUACUACAUUACUAGGAUAAGUCUUUACAUUAGUAGAGUGA